AUGGUGUUUGUUGCUUUGUACCUACCCUCUGGACAAAUGCCCGAGGGUUAUUCUCCGAUAUUGAUACCCUACCCGGCCCUGGCGGUCGUCCUGUCAUUUUUCCUUGUCUUUCUCCUUAUCCAACUGCAGCCAAAGGGACCGGUCAUCAAGGGGGUCCCAGGGCCAUUUUUCGACAUCUUCUGUUGCGGUAUCGCAACCAAACUCGCUUUCAUCUCGGGACGAAGUGCAUACCAGUUCACAGCAUUACAUGAGACUUAUGGAAAGAUAGUCCGUUUUGCCCCGGGCCAAGCGACGACGAAUACAGUCAAAGCCCUGCGUAACAUCUACGGCUCUGGCACUGGAAAGGGCUCUGCAUUUCUCAAAACGGGUUUCUACAAGAGUAUUUCUCGGCGCAAUAUGUUCACAGCCUCUGACCCUGCCUAUCACUUGUCUGCCCGUAAGCUCUUCGGUCCCUCAAUGACACCCGGAAGUAUGGAGGCACAUGCAGGAGUCGUUCGUGAAUGUAUUCUGCGACUCCACGACGUGAUCAACUCUAAGCUUGACACCACGUCCACUCUUUCGCUCAAUGAGCUUCUCUACUGCCACUCCGUCGAUACUGUUUCCGAGGUCCUGCUGGGCAAGCCCUUGGGCUGCUUGAAGCGCGGCAAGCCCUACUUCUGGACUGCACAGCUGCCUCGAAUCUUUUACUGGGCUACUAUCCGUGAUCAGUUUGACGGCUCGGGAGUGCCGACGGUGAUGAAAUGGCUUCUCCGUCGUUUCCUCCGCAAGGGUAUUCGUCUUCGCAGCGAAGAGGCCCGCAUGCGAUUAAUUCACGAACAACUGAAGGCUUCGCACACCCGUCGCGACAUCAUGGUGGAAGUAAUGGAGAGAGCGGAGACUAGUGGCUUGCCUGAGUCUGAGAUUGCUGAAAACUUUUCAGCCAUUAUGUUGGCAGGAUUCCAUACAACACAAAACGCGCUAUGCGCCGUUAUCUUUUUCGUGCUGACCCACCCGGAGGCCCAUGCCAAAUUGGUCCGUGAACUCCUGUCCGCAUUCCCUUCGGCGGAGGAAAUGUCGGGAGACGUUGUUCAGGAGUUACCAUAUCUCAAUGCCGUCAUCACGGAGGCGUUGCGACUCUAUCCACCUGUGCCACUAGGGGGACCCCGAGUUUCACCAGGAGCCUAUGUGGAUGGGGUCUACAUCCCGGCCGGGACGGAGAUCUGCACAUCAUUGUUCGCGCUGCACCACAACCCGGAAUAUUUCAACGAACCCUACGAAUUUAUUCCCGAACGCUGGACCGAGCCGGGAUCGACAGACAAAAAGGAGGCCGUUCAACCGUUCUUAGUGGGUAGUCGCGCUUGCAUCGCCAAGUACUUUGCUAGACAAAUGAUGCAAUUAACCCUUGCGGGAUUCUUUUUGGAUUACGAAGCGGAAUACGUGGGGAAAGUCAAGGACUGGCAGCGAGAGAGUCGGUGUUAUGCCUUUUGGGAAUUGCCAGACCUGAAGGUGAAACUUCGUCCACGGCAGCGAGUCUAA